AUGAAGAAUAAAGAGCAUGGCCACCAGCAAGAGGAGGUGGAAAACCAAAAAGAGAUGAACCAACCCUACAUAGCUGGGUACACAAACAGACAGGGCCACCAGCAAGUGGAGAUGGAAAGCCAAAAAGAGAUGAACCAACCCUACAUAGCUGGGUACAGAAAUAGACAGGUAAAUUACAUAACUAAUUAUGGAACUAGAGAGGAUGUGAAAGACAAUUACAUAGCUCAGUAUGGUACUAAAAAGGCCUUGAAAGACACUAAGAUGGAGAAUAGAGAGCAUGGCCACCAGCAAGAGGAGGUGGAAAACCAAAAAGAGAUGAACCAACCCUACAUAGCUGGGUACACAAACAAACAGGGCCCCCAGCAAGAGGAGGUGGAAAACCAAAAAGAGAUGAACCAACCCUACAUAGCUGGGUACACAAACAGACAGGGCCACCAGCAAGAGGAGGUGGAAAACCAAAAGGAGAUGAACCAACCCUACAUAGCUGGGUACACAAACAAACAGGUAAAUUACAUAACUAGUUACGUAACUAAAGAGAAUGUGAAAGACAAUUACAUAGCUCAAUAUGGUACUAAAAAAGCCAUGAAAGACACUAAGAUGGAGAAUAAAGAGGCCACCAGCAAGAGGAGAUGGAAAGACAAUUACAUAGCUCAAUAUGGUACUAAAAAAGCCAUGAAAGACACUAAGAUGGAGAAUAAAGAGCAUGGCCACCAGCAAGAGGAGAUGGAAAACCAAAAAGAGAUGAACCAACCCUACAUAGCUGGGUACACAAACAGACAGGCAAGUUAUAAAACUAGUUAUGGAACUAGAGCAGAUGUGAAAGACAAUUACAUAGCUCAAUGUGGUACUAAAAAGGCCCUGAAAGACACUGAGAUGGAGAAUAGAGAGCAUGGCCACCAGCAAGAGGAGAUAGAAAGCCAAAAAGAGAUGAACCAACCCUACAUAGCUGGGUACACAAACAGACGGGCAAAUUACAUAACGAGAGAGGAUGUGAAAGACAAUUACAUAGCUCAGUAUGGUACUAAAAAAGCCUUGAAAGACACUGAGAUGGAGAAUAAAAAGCAUUGUGGCCAACAAGUGGUGGCAAACCAAGAAGAGAUGAAGCAACCCUACAUAGCUGGGUACAAAAACAGAGAAGCAAAUUACAAAACUGGUUAUGGAGGCAGAGGAGAUGAGAAAGACAGUUACAUAGCUGGUUACAUAAAUACCCAAGACGUGAAAGAGUUGGAUGACUCGCAUGAAAAUCAAAUGGCAGCAAAGCCAUCAUCAUCAUCAUCCCACAUGGACCACUCAAAAGCAUUCAAAUUUGGCUUUUUUACAUUCGAUGAUCUGUAUGUUGGGAGAACAAUGGCAGUCCACUUUCCCAUACAAGAAUUUCCCCAUUUCUUGCCUAGAGGAGAAGCUGAUUCCAUUCCUUUCUCAAUGCCCCAACUCCCAAACGUUCUCCAACUCUUCUCAAUCCCUGCAGAUUCUCCCAAUGCAAAAGCCAUGAAAGACACACUCAUGCAGUGUGAAUCUUUACCCAUCAAGGGGGAGAUCAAGCUCUGUGCUACCUCUUUAGAAUCCAUGCUUGAUUUUGUCAACAACAUCAUGGGCUCGGGGACCAACUUGAAUGUUCUAACAACAAAACAGUUCCCCACAAUGCCAGAGUUGACACAAAACUACAGUGUCUUGACUAUUUCAGAAGAAAUUCAUGCUCCUAAAUGGGUUGCCUGCCACCCAUUGCCUUACUCUUACAAAGUUUUCUACUGUCACUUCAUAGAAAAUAGCAAGAUUUUCAAGGUUUCUCUAGGAGGUGAAAACGGGCAGAAGGUGGAAGCUGUUGCUGUAUGCCACAUGGACACGUCUGAUUGGGACCCUGAUAACAUCCUGUUUAGACAACUUGGAAUCAAGCCCAGCUCGUCUUCUCCAAUAUGCCAUUUCCUCCCUGUAUAUCAUCUUGUCUGGGUUCCAUCGCCACCAACAGCCUCUAUCUGA